AAUAAUGAGAUGCAUCCAUGUUGCAUUGUGUUGCAUCCAGAUUCCAGAAUCCAGAUCAACAGAUCAACACAGAUCAACACAGAUCAAUCCAGAUUCAGUUCAAUUCAUUGCAAAUUGCAAUUCAGUGCAAUUGAGUGCAAAUUACAAAUUAUUAAGUUGCAUCAGUGUGCCAUGUGCAUCAGAUUUAAUCAGAUUGCCCGUCUAUAAGCAUCUACAAGUGUUUAUAAGCAUCCUGAAGCAUUUAUCACUUAUCAUUAUCAUUUAUUGUUUAAAGAAUAAAAGUGAAUAAAAUUUAAAAAAAUGAGUGUAAUUUCAAAAAAUACAUUACGUCUUAUUGGUAGUGCACAAUAUGUCACAAAAAUACCACAAUUUAAUUCUCAAUACUCUCGUUCCAUCUGUCACAUUGCCAGUCAAUUGAAAGACCAAAAUUCAAUUAAAUUAAUUAAAUCAUGUAAUCUUUGUAGAUGUGGAUGUGGAAAAUUCCAACAUACUCAAGCUGGAAAAGAAUCGAGUAAAAAAAUCAUAAAUGACCUUGAAGCAGAAAAAAAAAGAAAAGAUAUAGAACUUUGGCUUUCCAAAUUUAAAUUUGAAACUAUAUUUUAUAAAUAUGGUGUACGAUGUGAGUUUCAAAUACCAUCAGGUUCAGGAUCAUUUUUUUUGGAAUUGGUACCUCACUUUCAUUCUACUGGCAAGGGUGUCAACCAGUAGGUCGACACAUUAAAAGUUCUACAAAUUAAAUUCAAGUAUAUAACUAAAGAAAUGUCAAAAAAAAAAAAAAAACGAAAAUUUAUUAUCAUAUAU